AUGCUGCUGCUCUUUUUGCUGUCUGUAACAGUUGCAUUUCAGGUUGUUUCCAGCCAGCGUGUGUUUUUAUUGGUCACAACUCCAAUGAGCUGGGCCACAGCCAAUGACUAUUGCAAGAGUCACUAUGAAGGACUAGCAGACAUCUUAAGCCUGGAAGAUCUGAAUGCAGUGGUACUAACAGCUACUCAAACUGCUUGGAUAGGCCUGCACUACAACAGAGUCAUCAGGGGACUGAGCUGGUCCAAUGGCGCCAUUUACGAGAGCCCAAGUUGGAUGCCAAACGUUGGCACCUUUCUGUUUGGGUCAGGAAUAUGUGGAACAAUGCUUAGUCUUGUCAUUUUGCCUUCUUCUUGCAAUAAGCAGUUGCCCUUCAUCUGUUCCUACUAUUUGUCAGGCACUGACACUCCCUCCAUAGCUAACACAGGCUCCACUGCUACCACUCAGCUCCUGCCCUUCAGUGGAACAGCAAGUGCCCCAGCAGGAAGCUCUUCUGAUGCAGAUUUUGGCUACGUGGUUCUGAAAAUGGAUUUCGUAUCAGCUGCCCUGGUAGACCUUGAGGCCAUGAAACAACAGCUUCUGAAUGAGGUAGAAGAACUACUGAUGGGGAGUUUCUCCAAAGGGACAUUCCAGUUGCAGUGGGUGAGCUAUGAGCAAUGA